AUGUCGCUUCCCGACUUCUCCCAGGCUGCCAACCUCUCCAAGCUCGACGGCUACCUCGCCGACAAGUCUUACGUUGACGGUCACUCGCCCUCGCAGGCCGACGUUGCCGUCUACGAGGCGCUCAAGACCUCGCCCGACGCCUCGAAGCACUCGCACGUUGCCCGCUGGUACGAGCACAUCACCUCGUACGAGGCUGAGCACAAGGACCUCACCGGUGACAAGGCCAAGGCUGCCUCGCUGCUCUCGUCGACCUUCGCCUCUGCCCCCGCUGCCGCCGCCGAGGAGGACGACGAUGACGUCGACCUGUUCGGUUCGGACGACGAGGUGGACGAGGAGGCCGAGCGCAUCAAGGCCGAGCGCGUUGCCGAGUACAACAAGAAGAAGGCUGCCAAGGGUCCCGGUCCCGCCGCCAAGUCGCUCGUCACCCUCGACAUCAAGCCCUGGGACGACGAGACCGACAUGAAGGAGCUCGAGGCCGCCGUCCGCGCCAUCGAGAUGGACGGCCUCGUCUGGGGCUCCUCCAAGCUCGUCGCCAUCGGUUACGGUGUCAGCAAGCUCCAGUGCUCCCUCGUCGUCGAGGACGCCAAAGUCUCGCUCGAUGAGCUCCAGGAACGCAUCGCCGACGAGUGCGAGGACUACGUCCAGUCCACCGACGUCGCCGCCAUGGCCAAGAUCUAA